UAUGUCUGGAUCUCCAUCCCCUUCUGCACCAUGUAUGCCAUCGCCAUCUGUGGGAACUUCACCAUCCUGUUCAUCGUGAAGAUGGAGCCGAGCCUUCAGGGGCCCAUGUUCUAUUUCCUCUGCAUGCUGGCUAUCACCGACCUGGUCAUGUCCACAUCCUCCAUACCCAAAAUGCUGAGCAUCUUCUGGUUCAAUUCCAGGGAGAUCAGUUUCAGUGCCUGCCUCACUCAGAUGUACUUUAUUCAUGCCUUCUCAACGAUGGAGUCUGGAAUCCUCGUGGCCAUGGCUUUUGAUCGCUAUGUGGCCAUCUGCAAUCCUCUGAGAUAUUCCAUGACCCUGACAAACUCUGUUGUGGCCAAGGUAGGCCUGGCCGUGAUGCUCCGUAGUGGCAUACUCAUAUUACCCUAUCCCUUCCUGGCAAAGCAGUGGCCAUAUUGCAGAGCCAACAUCUUCCCCCACUUCUAUUGUGGGCAUAUAGCCGUGGUGAAGCUGGCCUGCACUGACAUUCGCUCCAGUAGUUACUACGGCCUGUUUAAUCUUUUCUCUGAGAUAGGAAUGGAUUUAUUUUUUAUCGCUGUGUCCUAUACUCUGAUCCUCCGGGCCAUCUUCCGUCUCCCCACGAAGGAUGCCCGGCUCAAAACUUUUGGGACCUGCAUCUCUCAUAUUUGUGCCAUCUUAGCUUUGUACAUCCCAGAUUUAUUCUCCUCCCUCACACAGCGGUUUGGCCACAAGGUGCCACUGCAUUUACGUGUUCUCAUUACCAGUAUGUACCUGGUGGUGCCCCCCGUGCUCCACCCCAUCAUCUAUGGGGUGAGGACCAAACAGUUCCGGGUCAGGCUGCUCCAGCUCAUUACUCAUAAAGAGACCUAAAUGUUUUCUCCUUGUGCUCUGGCUCUCAGACUGAGAUCCAUGCAGAGCUGCUUCUUGCAUGGUGAUGGG